AUGAACGACGAACAAUUAAUUGAGUUGGUGAAACGAUAUUCUGUUCUAUAUGACAUUAGAUUAGCUCAAUACAGGGACCAAACUGUGAGAAAUAAUGCAUGGGAAGAAAUAGCCGAACAAAUGAAUACAAGCGUUGAAGAAGUAAAAAAUAAGUGGAGCAAAUUAAGAAACUGCUUCACCAACGCCUUAAAAAGACGCCGCAAGAAGAGUGGACAAGCAGCAGCUAAAGCAGUUCGAUGGAAAUUAGAAAAGCAAAUGGAGUUUCUUCUACCACACGUUGAAAGGAGAUAUACAGUUACAAAUGAUGACGAUUCGACACAAGAUAACGAAUAUCUAUUUUCUGAAGAAUCUGCAGUUUCACCUCCUCCUACCAUUCGUUCACCCACUCCAGGAACCUCCUCUUUAAGGCCAUCUGCAGGAGCAUCUACUCAAAAAUCUACUGCAAGUUUUACUCCGAGAUGUUUAAGCAUAAAUGAUAAUGACAAUAAUGUAUUUAAUGAAAUGGUUAAUGUCACGAAUGCGACAGAGGAAAUGAUACAGAUGAGAUCAGUAUCAGAUAUGGACGAGAAUGACUUAUUCUUUUUAUCAAUGAGUAAGCAACUAAAAAAGUUACCUAAAACGGACCAAGCUGAAAUUAAGUUUCAAUUACACAAGCUUAUAUAUGAAUCGGAAAUGAAAAUGUUAAAUAACCGUGAACAAAUUCUGAAUACACCAAUAAAGUUUGAAUAA